UUUAUUUCCUUCGCAACCCACUUUACCCCAAGAAAACACUCUCCUCUCUCUCUCUCUCCUCCUGAGAUUUUUCGUUAUCGCUUCAUCGGUUAUUUUGGGUUCGAUAUUUCGGACACUCGGUUGCUGAGCGUGGCCGAAGAGCCACCGCCAUCCAUACCCAAAGAGCUCGAAAAGGCGGGGGGAGACUAUGGGCCUCUGAUCUCGCUAGGCGGAAUCUUUGUAUUUUGUCUUCGGUGUGCUUGUUUGUUCUUCGUCUAGGGUUAGGGUUUCAAUUACAGGCCCCAAUUUUGCUAUGUACUACGCUGUUCUGAUGUCAUCUUAGUAUAAAAGAUGUUAACUUUGGGGUUAUCUACUUUGGUUGGUUUGUUAUAGCUUUAUGGUUCCCAUUUGAUUGUAGCUUUGGAUUUUGUUUCCACCCAGUACUGUACAAUCAAGGAUUAUUUCAUUGUUAUAUUUUUUUUUUUGGUUUUUAAUUUUAUUUGUUUCUGAUUUUAUUUUCGUUGGAAAAAAAGGGAAAAAUAAAAAAAAAUCUGUGGAGCAUUAAAAAUAAUUUGUUCAUACCAUCCCCGUAUUGUCAAAAAAGAAAAAAGAAAGAAUUAAAAUUAGAGGCAGUUUAUAUAUCUUUAUAAAUGGGGAGCCUUGGAUUGAUGAACCGGAAUAAUGGGCAUCGGUUAGGCAUUACAGAACCGAUUUCUUUGGGUGGACCGACUGAGUACGAUGUGAUCAAGACCCGUGAACUCGAAAAGUAUCUGCGAGACGCGGGACUGUAUGAGAGCCAGGAAGAGGCUGUGGGUAGAGAGGAAGUGCUUGGCAGACUUGACCAGACUGUAAAGAUUUGGGUCAAAACAAUUAGCCGUGCUAAGGGGUUGAAUGAACAACUCGUUCAAGAAGCGAACGCCAAGAUUUUCACCUUUGGUUCCUAUCGGCUAGGGGUGCAUGGACCUGGUGCGGAUAUAGACACGCUUUGUGUGGGACCUAGACAUGCUACAAGAGAAGAAGAUUUCUUUGGUGAGCUACACAGAAUGCUGUCUGAGAUGCCUGAAGUAACAGAGUUGCACCCUGUGCCUGAUGCUCAUGUUCCAGUUAUGAGAUUUAAGUUCAAUGGUGUUUCCAUAGACCUUCUGUAUGCAAAAUUGUCACUCUGGGUUAUUCCUGAUGACCUAGAUAUUUCACAGGAUUCAAUACUACAGAAUGCAGAUGAGCAGACAGUUCGUAGUCUUAAUGGCUGUAGGGUCACUGACCAAAUUUUGCGUUUGGUUCCAAAUAUUCAGAAUUUCCGCACAACUUUGAGGUGCAUGAGGUUAUGGGCUAAACGUCGCGGUGUUUACUCAAAUGUUGCAGGGUUUCUUGGUGGUAUAAACUGGGCAUUGCUGGUUGCCCGCAUCUGCCAGCUAUAUCCCAAUGCGCUGCCCAAUAUGUUAAUGUCUCGAUUCUUCAGGGUCUAUACUCAGUGGCGCUGGCCAAAUCCAGUAAUGCUAUGUGCCAAUGAAGAAGGAUCUCUUGGACUUCAAGUUUGGGAUCCUAGAAGAAAUCCGAAAGAUAGGUUCCAUUUAAUGCCUAUCAUAACUCCUGCUUACCCUUCCAUGAACUCUAGCUACAAUGUCUCAUCAAGUACUUUGCGCAUUAUGUCAGAGGAGUUUCAAAGGGGGAGUGAGAUUUGUGAGGCUAUGGAAGCAAACAAGGCGGAUUGGGAUACACUUUUUGAGCCUUACCCAUUUUUUGAAGCGUAUAAGCAUUAUCUACAAAUAGACAUUACUGCAGAAAAUGAUGAUGAUCUAAGAAAAUGGAAAGGCUGGGUUGAAUCUCGCCUUCGGCAGCUAACAUUGAAGAUUGAGAGGUAUACUUAUAACAUGCUUCAAUGCCAUCCACACCCGGGGGAUUUUUCAGACAGAUCUAGACCUUUCCAUUGCUGUUUCUUUAUGGGUUUGCAGCGAAAACAAGGAGUUCCUGUGAAUGAAGUUGAACAGUUUGAUAUAAGGUCAACUGUUGAGGAAUUUAAAGGCAAUGUCAACAUGUACACUUUGUGGAAGCCUGGGAUGGAGAUCCGAGUAUCCCAUGUAAAACGCAGGGGUAUUCCGAACUUUGUAUUCCCUGGAGGGGUUCGACCUUCCCGCCCAUCCAAAGUAACUUGGGUGAGUAGGAGUUCCGAACUGAAAGUUUCUGGUCAUGCCCAAGAUAAUUCUCCUGAAGGUAAAGCAGUUUCAAAUGGAGCAGAUGAUGGAAGGAAGAGAAAGCAGGUGGAUGAUAGUCUGGAGACUAACCUGAGAAAUGCCAAGCGCUUAGCCGCUGUACCUCCAUCUACGGGGGGAGUUCAUGAAGGUAGCCCCCCUGUCAGCAUUGCCAGCUCAUGUUCUAUGAAAUUUGACAGUAUGAAUACCCACAGGUCAGAGGAAUCGAGGACAGAGAAGUCUGAGAAUAAUUCACCUGACAGCUUAAAAAAUAUAAAAAAUCUAGUGGAGGUUUCUUCUCAGAAUUGUCAAGCUAAUGGACCAGCAAAAUGCAGUCCACCUAAUGAAACUCCAUCUGUUGCUGCUGAUACAACAAGCUCUAGAGAAGCAGAGAAUCUGGCAAUUGAGAAGAUUAUGUCGGGUCCAUAUGUUUCCCACCAAGCUUUUCCAGAAGACCUUGAUGAGCUUGAAGAUGAUUUUGAAUCUAGAAAUCAAGAUAAAGAUUCUAGAGGGAACAAUAAAGGUAGCCCCAUGGAGUCUUCAAAAGCAAAUGCAGCAGUACCAGUUCCAUCUACUAAUGGAUCUGCUUCUUCGAGCGGUUUAUAUGCGAAUGGGAACUUAGAGGAGCUUGAGCCCACUGAACUUGUGCCACCAUUGUCAAAUGUGACUCCUGCACCUGUGGUUCAAAAGCCACUAAUCAGGUUUAGCUUCACUUCCUUGAAAGCUACUGGCAAAAGCUCAUAAAGGGAUGCUGAGUGUUGGCUGGAGCUUAAGCCAGUGGAAAUGUUUGAUGUAUAUUAAGGAAUUUUUUUUUUUUUUUUACUCCUUUUUGUAAUAAAAAUUAUACAGUUAAAUCUUGAGUUAGGCAAAGCCUCUUUUUACAUGUAUAUGUACCUGACAAUCUCAACCAUUCCAGAGGGUAAAAGAAUUUGAAAGCCUACUUGGUUAAGUUUAUAAUCCGCUGCCCAAUGUCAUGCUCUGAAUUUCUUCCUUGUU